AUGGUUACAUUGUAUAUGAAAUGUAAGUCCAAUGUCUGUCGCACUCUAUUGAGUGACAAACGUAUCAACAGUUGAGACAAUUUUUUUUGUGUCCAUUAACUGCUUAUUCAUUGAUUUAAGAUUAUUAAUAGGGAUCAGCUGUUUGGUCAUCAACUAGAAAACAAUGGCCACAUUUCACGACGACAUCUGGGGUGUCGAUAAACAAUACAAAGUGUGUCCUUAUAAUCGUAACCAUAGAGUGCCGGCCAAUCGGUUUGUCUAUCAUCUGAUCAAAUGCGAGAAGAAAAGCAAAGAACAGCUAAUUAUGUGUCCAUUUAAUGGCAAACAUCGGGUCACUAAAGAACUGUUUGAUCUUCAUAUGUCUAACUGUCCCGACUUGUAUGUCAUGACAAAUGCUAACAAUGGCAUAGAAAACGGGGUUCUGGUGUCAGAACCGAACAAACCAAUUGAAGUACCGAUAAAUGUGACCAAAAAGUGUCAACAAAGUGAUGCUAAUGAUGGCAAAGAUGAUAAUGAAGAAGAAAGUUGGGAUUAAUACUGAUAUUAAUACUAAUGUUUGCAUUCAAUUAAUGCUAUUUUUAAAUAUUGAUAUUUUGUUUCAUUUU